GAGAGAGAGAGAGAGAAAAACAGAUUUGCAUAAAGCAGGGAGAGGAACAAAACGAUGCCGCUCGUGUUGGAGGAAGCCUCCUAGUUUGAACACAGCCUCGGGAUAAAGUGAGAGAAACCCGGCUCUCCUCGGUAGCUAGCUUCCCUGUCUUUGUGUUUUUGAAUGGUGGGCAGUUUUUCCUGCCUGAGCGGAUUGUCAAGGAGAAGUUUCAGCUGGAGAAUCGUCACUAAUCCUGUACAGAUGGACCUUAGAUAACAGCAGCUGCGGGUCUGCCUUAAUCUUGGAAGUUCAGCCGACCUCGAGGCGUCCAUCAUCCAACCAAAAUGGCUGAUCCCACUGGGCUGAGCCCCGAGGUCGGGGGGGCAGGUGUGGCCGAGGUCAACGCCUGUAGUUUGGAAAUUGAGCGAAAAUAUGACAUCAUCCCUACCAUCAUCUGCUCCAUGUGUUGCCUUUUUGGCAUCAUCUACUGUUUCUUUGGUUACCGCUGUUUCAAGGCCGUCAUGUUCCUGUCCGGUCUCAUGUUCGGCUCGGUCAUCAUCUUCCUGCUGUGCCACAAGGAGCACAUUCUGGACACUCAGCUGAGCGUGGAGGCCAGCGCAGGCAUCGGCCUCGGCAUCGGCCUGCUAUGCGGCCUGGUCACCAUGCUGGUGCGAAGCGUCGGCCUCUUCAUGACCGGCCUGCUGCUGGGACUCCUGCUGGCUCUGGCCGGCCUGCUGGUCACUCACCAGUUCUACACGCCGACCACGCUCUGGGUGCCUCUGGGCACGCUGCUGGGCACCGGCAUGCUGUUUGCUGUGCUGACGCUGCAGUGGCAGAAGGCCUUCACCAUGCUCUCCACGGCCGUGUUCGGAGCUGCUAUCAUGACCGUGUGCGCCGAUUACUUUGUGGAGAUGCUGGCUCUUGCCAAUCACGUAUAUGACUGCUUGCGCCUCACGCCCGGGCCGGCGCUGUGCUGGUACAGCUGGGUCAUUCUGGGCAUCUGGCCCGCCCUCAGCCUCAUAGGAGUACUGAUCCAGUGGAAGAUGACGGGUGACAGCUUCUCACACACUGAGGUUGUCAUCAGCCGGAGACAGAAGCGGGUUCAGCUGAUGCGGAUUCGAGAGAAGGACGCCAAGAAGCGACAGCAGGCAGGUGGGCAGGAAGGCACAUACCGCCGUAAAGCCACCCCAGUGAAACGCUACGCUGGGGAUCUACUGGCACCGAGCUACCUGCAAAGUCUGCGAGAUCGGCAGAUGGGAACAGGUACUUCCCUUAGCAGCCUCGGCACCACCAACCCGACCAUGGUCGACAUGGACUGCGAGACCGGAUCCAUGGUUCCCCUCACAGCCACGACUCCAGUCGUCAGGGUCUGACCAACGCAGAGCAAAAAGGCAGGACUUCCUGAUUCCUGGUGGGAGGUAUCUUCAUCAGGAGAUUCCUUUGGUUAGGGGGUCUUCCUCACGCAGAGCAGCUCAUGCCAACUGCUCUAGCGUCUCUAAUUGCUGUGAAGUAGAUCUGGUAGCGAGGAUGUGUUUUUUUUUUUUUUGUUUGUUUUGCGGUGAGUCCUGUGUGUCAAACAGAAUGCCACUGAGGGAUAACAAGCAUCGAACUCUGUUUUGAUGGUGUUAAAACCACUAUGACCACUGUGUUUCUCAGAGAAACAGUAUCCAGUCGAUACUAACAGAAUAAGGUCUCCCAUUUCCACUUAUUGUGUAUUUGAUACACAGCAACAACUGGAAGCCUCAGAAACAGACGUAUCUCUGCAUUUAGUGUACUGUACUUCAGAAGUUAGCCAUUACCAUGAAGAGUUUUAGUAUUACACGUCUUACAUGCUAGUUGGGUGGUUGUAGGAUUUGAUGAAGUAAUGCGUUUGAUUUUAUGUACUUCUUUUAUUUUUAGAGAUGCACCAAUCUUUUGUUUUUCUGCUGAUUUUCAAAACGUCUUUGAGGUCUGAGCAGAUUAGUGUUUUAGUUUCUGUAAAACAUGUGCUGCAGGUUCCUCAGUAGACGUUCUAGUGUUGAAUUUAAUAUAAAAUGAACGGCAAAAACAUCCCCAUUUAUUCAUCACAGCACUUCCCCUAAUAUUUAUCUGAACUAUUCUGAACUCCCUAACCUUUAUCUGAGGUUCAGUGAAAAACACAUCAAGGUACCUGCUGUUGGUUUUGUUUAACUUACAGCAUUAAAAUGUAAAUAUGUUCAGU